UGUGCGGGAUGACAGAAUCCGAGUAGAAAGGAUGGAUAACAUUUAUUUUGAAUAUAGCCAUGCUUUCCAGGCAGUUACUGAGUUUUAUGCAAAGGAGAUAGUCGACAUCAAAGGUUCUCAAAGUUUUUCUGGCAUUAUUAAUUUGGAGAAACCUGUGAUUUGCUCUUUGGCUGCCAUAAUAAGAUACCUAAAAGAAUUUAACUUGGAAAAGAUGCUCUCUAAACCUGAGAAUUUUAAACAGCUGUCAAGUGAAAUGGAAUUUAUGACAAUUAAUGGAACAACAUUAAGAAAUCUAGAAAUCCUACAGAAUCAGACUGAUAUGAAGACCAAAGGAAGUUUACUUUGGGUUUUAGACCACACUAAAACUUCUUUUGGAAGACGGAAGUUAAAGAAGUGGGUGACGCAGCCACUCCUUAAAUUAAGGGAAAUAAAUGCCCGACUUGAUGCAGUAUCUGAAGUUCUCCAUUCUGAAUCUAGUGUGUUUGGCCAGAUAGAAAAUCAUCUACAUAAAUUGCCUGACAUAGAGAGAGGACUCUGCAGCAUUUACCACAAAAAAUGUUCUACCCAAGAGUUCUUCUUGAUUGUCAAAAGUCUAUAUCACCUAAAGUCAGAAUUUCAAGCAUUAAUACCUGCUGUUAAUGCCCACGUUCAGUCAGAGUUGCUCCAAACAUUUAUUUUAGAAAUUCCUGAACUCCUCAAGCCAGUGGACCAUUACUUAAAGAUACUUAAUGAACAAGCUGCUAAAAUUGGGAAUAAAACUGAAUUAUUUAAAGACCUUUCAGAGUUUCCUUUGAUAAGAAAGAGGAAGGAUGAAAUCCAAGAAGUUACUGAAAAAAUCCAAAUACAUUUACAAGAAAUACGAAAAAUACUGAAAAAUCCUUCUGCACAAUAUGUGACAGUAUCAGGACAGGAGUUUAUGAUUGAAGUAAAGAACUCUGCCAUAUCUUGCAUACCGUCUGACUGGGUGAAGGUUGGAAGCACAAAAGUUGUGAGCCGCUUUCACUCUCCUUUUAUUGUAGAACAUUAUAGACAACUGAAUCAGCUCCGGGAGCAGCUAGUCCUUGACUGCAAUGCUGAAUGGCUUGAUUUUCUAGAGAAUUUCAGUCAACAUUACCAUUCUUUGUGUAAAGCAGUGCAUCACCUAGCAACUGUUGACUGCAUUUUCUCCCUGGCCAAGGUCGCUAAGCAAAGAGAUUACUGCAGGCCCACUCUACAAGAAGAAAGGAAAAUCAUCAUAAAAAAUGGAAGGCACCCUGUGAUUGAUGUGUUACUGGGAGAACAAGAUCAGUAUGUUCCCAAUAGCACAAAUUUAUCAGAGGACUCAGAGAGAGUGAUGAUAAUUACUGGCCCAAACAUGGGUGGAAAAAGCUCCUACAUAAAACAGGUUGCGCUGAUUACUAUCAUGGCUCAGAUUGGAUCCUUCGUUCCUGCAGAAGAAGCGACAGUCGGGAUUGUAGAUGGCAUUUUCACAAGAAUGGGUGCUGCGGACAAUAUAUAUAAAGGACGGAGUACAUUUAUGGAAGAACUGACUGACACAGCAGAAAUAAUCAGAAAAGCAACAUCACAGUCCUUGGUUAUCUUGGAUGAACUGGGAAGAGGAACGAGCACUCAUGAUGGAAUCGCUAUUGCAUAUGCUACGCUUGAGUAUUUUAUUAGAGAUGUGAAAUCCUUAACCCUGUUUGUCACCCAUUAUCCACCAGUUUGUGAACUAGAAAAAAGUUACUCACCACAGGUGGGGAACUACCACAUGGGAUUCUUGGUCAAUGAGGAUGAAAGCAAACAGGAUCCAGGUGAGGAAGAACAAGUGCCCGAUUUUGUCACGUUUCUUUAUCAGAUGACCAGAGGAAUUGCAGCAAGGAGUUAUGGACUAAAUGUGGCUAAACUAGCAGAUGUUCCUAGAGAAAUUUUAAAGAAAGCAGCUCACAAGUCAAAGAGCUGGAAGGAUUAGUAAACAUGAAAAGGAAAAGGCUAAAGUAUUUUGCAAAAUUAUGGACAACACAUAAUGCAAAAGACCUGCAAGAGUGGAUGGACAAAUUUGAAAUGGAAGAAAUAAAGACUUCUCUUCCUUAUUAAAAUGAAGACUAUAUUUUUUAACAAAAAAUGGAGAAUUAAAAAUACCAACCUUAUAAAACAACUCUCCAGUAACACUCCAUCUUUGUGUGACAUAAAAGCAUAAAAUUAUGACCUUGAUAUAUUCCUUUUGGAAACAGAUUCUUGUUUUUUAAAUUCCUGCCCUCCUGAAUUUCAAAAUAUUAACAUAUAAAUACUUUUGAAUAUGAAGGUUUCCACUAUGUAAAUAGAAAAGUUCCUGGACAGUAAGUGUCACAUAAAAUCAAAAUCUUUAAAAUAAAACUUAAAGGGGUAGAAUACAAACACAGAGGUAUUUGGAGAGUAAUAUAAAUUUUAAAUUUGUAUUUUUAUUUGUUUUAGUUCAGACAAUUGUCACAGAGCAAAUAUGGAAGAAAUUUGCCUUUCCAAUGCAACUAAAAUAAUUUUAUAAUACCACUGGUUUAUUCACCGUGAACAUAAGAAUUUUUUGAUAGAAACAGAAAAAAAUCAUUGAGCUUUUAGAAAGUAGAACAUGCAACGUGGGAAGAAUAAAGUCAUAUGAAAUUCGAAGACAAACAUUGUCAUAGUUUUAAGCAGUUUAAAGAUUGCUGGAUGAAAUUAUUUUGUCAUUCAAGUAAUAAAUAUUUAAUGAAUA